AAAUUUCUAGUAAAAUAAAUAUUGAAAUACUGACAGUUUCCAGGGCAUUUACAAUUGUUUAGUUAUUUUAUUUGGCUAUCUCCUUGGGUGAGUUUAUCGACAACACUGUUGUGAAGUGAAGUGGUCCUGGAUCAGGAUACGUUGCUAUGGCAAAUUAAAAAUGCCAUUGGCACGGAGGGCAGCAUGCAAAUGCAUGUCCAUGUCAUAGAGUUACACAAAGUGCAUAAUCAAGCUUAAAAGAAAAGGACUCGAAAGAGAAACAUACAUGGCCAGAGUAGCAAGAAAUAAAAAGGAGGGGCAGCCUAACCGAGCCAUCGUAGCUCGCAGGGAUCAGGACGUGGAGUACGUGGAUGUGCACGGGCUUGUGGAUGUGGAUGUGAGGUGGUGCAGCGCACUCAUUGACUGUGCAAAGUGAAGUGAAGUAGUUUAAAAUUAAAAAGGACACUUAAUCCCGUCAAUGUCUUGCCGCCGCGCCAGCAACAACCCCCUAUCCAGAUCCGAAUCCUCGUAUGUGCAUGUGGAUCCUGGGAACCUGGGGAUCCAGGGAAAUUCCAGCACGGGAUUAGCAAGCGGUUGGGGAUUGAACAAGAGGGUGUUUUCGUUUGAUUUGGCUUGUGCAGGAGCAUAAGCUUGCUAGCGAAUGAGUACGAGGAUGUGGAUGGCUGGUGGUGGCUGGUGGCUGGUGGCUGGUGGCGCCGAUGGUGACGUUGGAUGUUUGCCCACUUUGGCUCACAAGAAGUGCAAUUAUGUGCACAAAAUGGAAAAUGAUGCAAGAAAGUGGAGCAAUUGAAAGCGACAGAUGGAGAGAUGGGAAAGUUGGAAUGGAUGCACAUGCAAUCGUUGAGAGACAAUGCUGAUGACUGGCCGAAGACAAAAACAAUUUAACCCACAUUUGCAUAGUAUGGAAUGGUGGGUGCAUGGUGCAUGGUGGAUGGUGCAUGCUAUAUGGCAAUUACCAGCGUUAUGACGUGGAAAUUGGCCAGGCAACGAGAGAUAGAAAUCGUCCUGGCCAACUGGCAACCAAACGCCACCCGGAAAGCAGCCCAUCUUAUCUACGUAUGUACCUAAUUAGUGAAAUGUGCUUGCCUCGGUAUAUUGAAUAAUUAGGUACAGCGCAUCCAUGACAGGUGGUGGCUUAACCGCCAGCAUGGUCAGCAGUUGGUUUUCAGAACUCACCCAACAUGGUGGCCCAGAAGAGCCGUCUGCUGGCCACCGCCAUUCCAUAUCUCGACAUCUUUUCCGUGUUUGCUCUCACACCACCGCCCGAAAGUUUUGGCCACACUCCACAUAGAAGACUUAGAUGGUACUUGAUGACUGGCUAUGUGUGCUAUGCUGCCGUGAUCCUUGCGACGGUCUUCUUUGUGUCCUACUUUAACAUUAUAGCCAUUGACGAGGAGGUCUUGGAGUACAAUGUGGCUGACUUUACCAGAGUGAUGGGUAAUAUUCAAAAGAGCCUGUAUUCGGUUAUGGCCAUUGCCAACCAGCUGAAUAUGCUGUUCAAUUAUCGCCGACUUGGCGGAAUCUACAAGGACAUUGCCAAUUUGGAGUUGGACAUGGACGAGGCAUCGCAGUGCUUUGGUGGCCAAAGACAACGCUAUAGUUUCCGCUUUCGCAUGGCCCUCUGUGUGGGCGUGUGGAUGAUCCUGAUGGUGGGUUCAAUGCCCCGAUUAACCAUGACGGCCAUGGGAACUUUUGUCAGCACGCUAUUGAAGAUCUUCACCGAGUUCGUCAUGAUAAUGCAGCAGCUCAAGAGUCUGGAGUAUUGCGUCUUUGUACUCCUCAUCCAUGAGUUGGUCCUUCGGUUGCGCCACACACUCAGUCAGCUGCAGGAGGAGUUCCAGGACUGCGAGCAGCAGGACAUGCUCCAAGCUCUAUGUGUAGCCCUGAAACGCAAUCAAUUGCUAUUGGGACGGAUUUGGAGACUGGAGGGCGAUGUGGUCAGCUACUUCACCCCAACCAUGGUGCUGUUGUUCCUCCUCAAUGGUCUGACCAUCCUUCACAUGGUCAACUGGGUGUACAUCAACAAGUUCCUCUACGAUUCGUGUUGUCACUAUGAACGAUUCCUAGUUUGCUCCACGCUUCUUGUAAACCUUCUACUGCCCUGCGUUCUAAGUCAGCGUUGCAUAAAUGCGUACAACUGCUUUCCACGAAUCCUGCAUAAGAUUCGCUGCACAUCCGCUGAUCCCAAUUUUGCCAUGUUGACCAGAGGAUUGCGGGAGUACUCCUUGCAAAUGGAACACCUGAAGUUGCGUUUCACAUGCGGCGGGUUGUUUGACAUCAACUUGAAAUACUUUGGCGGGAUGCUUGUCACCAUUUUUGGAUAUAUCAUAAUCCUCAUACAAUUCAAAGUGCAGGCGAUUGCUGAGGAUAGAUACAAAUCAAGUAUCAGCGUUUAACGGAUUAAG